UCUACAACAACCACAGAAGAAAAACUGGAAGCCACCUCACACCUGAAAAUGAGAGCGCUCAGUGUUAUCCUUGUUGUGGUGCUCCUGUGCACUGGAGCUCUUGGUGUCCAGGUUAUGGUUGGAGACAGAAGCUUCCCAUUGGAGGCAGUGAAAGAACUGAAGGAAUUGAUGGAUUUAGAUGAGAUGAACCCUCAACUCACCAAGGAUGUCGUUGAAGAUACUUGUGCUGACCCUCUCCUGCCACAGGUCUUUGAGUCAGUGUGUGCCGACGAGGUGGAAAGAAAGCCUGUCUUCUAUGAACUCGUGGAAGUCUUCCAAAAUAUUGAUCAAUGUGAGACCUGUUCCUUCGAUGGCUGCACUGGGUGUUAGGAUUGAGGCUGCCAUCUAUAUGACACACAAACACAUCGACUGGGAUCUUGUCGGGAUGUCAUCAUCCAGAUUGUCGAAUGACCGUUACAUA